UGAUGUGACACUGUUGUUUUGUAGGGUUGACUUCUAGUUCUCCUUUGUACAAAGUAUUGGUUUAAGACGGCACAAAGUAAACUUUUGAGCGGUAAACAUUAUCUAGGUUAAUGGAGAUAGUCGAAGAACACAGGGACGUGUUGAAAUAAUUAAAGGUUUGAACUCUUACUUAUCAAGAAGGAACCUAACGUUAAGCAAUUGCGUUGGUUGAGGAUGGCUAACAACAGGGAUGCCAGUGAGAGCACCCCUCUUUUGGACUCAAAUUCUGGGGAUGGUCCUUCACCACCAUCAGUUUUCCAGGGAAGAAGACUAGCAUGUGCUGGCAUCCUGCUGGCUGAAUCAUUGGAGAGGAUUGCAUUCUACGGCAUCACGUCCAAUCUGGUCCUUUUUCUCAAUGGUAGCCCCUUUUAUUGGGAGGGCACACAAGCGAGCCAGGCACCUCUGAUGUUCAUGGGAGUCACUUACCUGAUCUCACCGUUUGGAGGCUGGUUGGCCGAUGCAUACCUGGGGAAAUUCUGGACAAUUGCCUCAAGUUUGAUCCUGUACUUUAUUGGCAUGCUAUUUUUCCCUUUCAUUUCGCAAGAUAACACCAGGACUGCACUGUGUGGAGAAGAGGCGGCGUUUCCUGUGCAACCUGCUGAGUGUCUGAGCACAAACAGCACCCCUCCAAGCAAUGUCACUUGCCCCAUACGCGCUGCAUACUGUGGCCCAGUAGUCUACAGUGGACUGUUUUUAAUCGCAUUAGGUGUGGGUACUGUGAAGUCCAACAUCACUCCAUUUGGGGCAGAUCAGGUCAAAGACCGAGGACCAGAGGCCACACGGAGGUUCUUCAACUGGUUCUAUUGGUGCAUCAAUUUAGGAGCCAUCCUGUCACUUGGGGGAGUGGCCUACAUCCAGCAAAACAUCAGCUUUCAGAUUGGCUAUAUCAUUCCCACCGUGUGCCUUGGGGUUUCCUUCCUCGUCUUUCUCCUGGGCCGAACGGUCUUCAUAAGCAAGCCUGCUGAUGGCAGCGCCUUCACAGAUAUGUUCAAGAUUCUGAGCUUCGCUUGCUGCUCCAAGACACCCAAGGACUCUAAUCUUCUCCGCAACAAACCAACACUACUAGAUGGUGCCAAAGUGACCUAUGGAGGAAAAUUUCCAGAAGAGAAAGUAGAUGAAUUGAAAUCCCUGGUGAAAAUCCUCCCUGUUUUCUUUGCCCUUAUCCCAUACUGGACUGUAUACUUCCAGAUGCAGACAACGUACGUCCUGCAGAGCCUCCAUCUGAAGAUUCCUGAUAUUGCCUCAAACAGCACUCCUGACUCCCAGAAGAUGACGUUCCGCUUCCCGGCAGCUUGGCUCACCAUGUUUGACGCAGUGCUCAUCCUUAUGCUGAUCCCCCUUAAGGACAAAGUGGUGGACCCCAUUCUGAAACGCCGCGGCCUGCUGCCCUCCUCUCUGAAGAGGAUUGCAGUGGGGAUGUUCUUUGUCAUGUGGUCGGCCGUGGCAGCGGGUAUUUUGGAGACUAAACGCCUGGAUAUCGUCAGAGCAUAUGGUACUAUUGACCAGAAGCUUGGCAACGUUGUCUACCACGCAGCAGAUUUACCCAUAUGGUGGCAAGUGCCACAAUAUGUGCUGAUAGGAAUCAGCGAAAUCUUUGCCAGCAUUGCAGGUCUGGAGUUUGCCUAUUCUGCUGCCCCCAAGUCUAUGCAGAGUGCCAUCAUGGGGCUCUUCUUCUUUUUCUCUGGGAUCGGCUCCUUCGUGGGCUCUGGUUUGUUGGCUAUUGUGUCCAUUAAGGAGAUUGGCUGGAUGUCAUCCCACAAAGACUUCGGUAAUAUUAAUGAGUGCUCUCUCAACUACUACUUCUUUCUCCUGGCGGGCAUCCAGGGCAUCACUUUGCUGGUCUUCCUCAUUGUCUCUGUCAAAUAUGACAAACAGAGGGGCAGAGCAGGAAGCCAACGGCAGAGACACAUCUCCUCUUGACCCAAACAACAAGCCCCACACUGCACCCCUCUCACCAUACCUGCCUUUCCCAGUCAAAUCACACAGUGCCCAAAGAGCCUGUCAAAUAGGUACUCACUAAUUAAAUCAUACAAAAGUAAAAAGUUUAACAUUUAGAUAUAUGUUUCUUAUUUAAGUUUGUUUUAGCUUGGAAUCAGGGAUUCUUUAUCCACUUUUUUUUAUAACUAUAAUGGUUUUACAUCACUGGGUGGAUGAAAAGGUACCACUGAAAAGAUAGAGAUUAAUACAGUAAUGUUUUUAAUUCAUUUCUACUGUACUCUGUUACUCCUGUUUGUUCACUCCUGUUACCUUUUCUUGAUCACUUGCACUUGACUUGAGGAGUGGUGCCAUAAAAAAACAAAAACCCAAUAUCUAGAUAUUUCUAGUCUUGUUUAAUUGUUUUUAAAGUUACAUGUUUACUUUCUGUUUUUUAGCAAUGUCUUAUUUUUGCAGGAACUAUUUUGCUAACCACUUUUGCUACUGAUCUUGGUAUGAUAUAUGAGUAUUUAGUCGAAUGAUUUAAAGGAUUUCUGGACAUGCAUCCACAGUCUAAAAUUGGGGUGUUUUCUGUAUUAAGUGUACUUAUUUCUAAGUACUUAUGUACUUAUUAUUAGCAUUAUUUCUUAGUUAUGUUCACCCCUGUUGGGAUCCAGGGGAGCUUCAAAUACCUAUGCAGCAACAUCCAAGUUGUUAACACAUUGAAUAAUUAAUACAUGGCAAUUUUAUGUUUAGUGGUUGUUGCAGAUUCCUAGAAAUGACUGCUGUUAAUUUUGAGACAGAAAAGGUUGUUUUUUUUUGGUUUGAGGAGGUUAAAAAUGAUCACGCUUCAAUUUAUAUUCAACUAAUCUGAUCUAUUAUUCAAAUCUAAUAUUGGGAGAAAAAAGUAUCACACGUUUGUUUCCACUGCCUGGGAUUACAUACUAAAUCCACACAAAUCCACUCUAUAAAUCCAGUAUAAAUGGCAGACAGCACCAAACAUGAAUAAUGAUAACUCCUCAUAUUAAAAGUACUCCAUGACUCCGUUGAAGCAUCAGAGCUCUUACUUUUAUUUUUUUUCUUGGUCAAGCUGCAAAGCUGCACGUCAGCGUGACACAACUAAUUAGAGCCUAACCUUAACCUUAACAGGAAACCUUGUGUAUAGCUCUAAAAAUGUCUGUGGCAUUAGUGCUUGGAUCGUGAUAAAAAUUUGCUGUUGUCUUGACAAAAUGACAAGAAUGAAAAAUGUUAUUCAUUCACAUUGACAUUUUUAUGUUUAGAAAUCAAUAGCAAAUGAAUAAUUUAAGAGUAUUUUCUUGUCAGGAACUUUUUGCAGUGUUUUUUCGGCUUUGCCAGAAAAUCUCAACAAAGAAGCUUCUGUUUUGUUGUUGUAUUUAUUGGACUGUGAUGCAUUUGUUUUAGCUUUAUAUUUUUAAGACAUAACAUUUGCCUUUGUGUGUGAUUCUUCUAGCCUCUGAGUAAAGUACAGCACAAGCUACAGAAUUUUAUGAAACGAGAAAACUCUCAGGGCUCGAGGAAUAGUGUCAAGUGAUAUAACUCUCCUGGAAAAGUAAAAAAAACUGCCUUUGAGAGCUCAGAUCAGUGUUUACCCUGUGGUGUAAAUGACGGUACAUUUGUAAUAGCACAUACAAACCAGAAGCUAUCUCUGACAGUAUGUGACGAGUGAUUUUAGUUUGUGUGUAACUGUUUGGAUAAAUGGAUGUUCCUUGUUUUAUUGCAUAUUUUAUAUAUAGCUGCUUUGUCAUCUCAGUUCUCUUACAAAGAUUUGUUAAAGGGGACCUAUUAUGCCUUAUUUUCUGUCAUAUAUAUAUAAUUACAAUGUUGGAUGUUUUUAUUAAACUGGCCAAAGUAAUCCUGUAAACAAAAAGCACCAGCUUCAGAUGAAAAUGAUCAGUUUCCAACAGUUUCUUCUGCUUUCAAACUGAGCUUACUUCUUCUACUCUGUAGUGACAGAUUUCUUUACAUGGGCAUCUGCUCCGCGCUUCACGUAAACUGCUCCCGUUAGUUAGUGCAUGAGGUCACUGCUCCACUUCGCUAACAUUAUGGUGUUUUUGCCAUUGUUGUGUGGAUAGUCACACUGAGCCACGACUCGAGUUGAGCUCGUACUAACAGAGAGCUCCAAAUAUUUACAAAUCGUGUUGUGUACGACUGUUUUUAUUAAAGAAUAGUGCUGCUGACGUAUCACUGCUAAUAUGGUGUUGAGCAAGUUGAAUAUCCUGUAAGUUCUUUACAAUUAAAAUAUAGUAAUAUUUAGUCAUUCAAAAACUUUUCAUAUGAAGCAGCAAUAGCAGGAAAUGUUUUGAUCACCAGUAACUGCCUGAAGCUGGCUAUUCAGAACAGAGUGGGCUCAUCAGUGGGGUUUUUAAAAAAAGACACAGGCACUAAAACUGCUUGUUUAGAGACAAAGGCUGAACUGAGGGGCUGCAUAAAGGGCCAGUAUAAGAUAAGGAAUUUUUUGAACUGUGAAUGAUGUAAAGAUAUUCCAGUAGAACCACUGAAUAUUAAUAUAGAGAUGGAAAUGAGCAUUAUAGGUCCCUUUUAAGUUUAUUUUGGAAUUACAUUCUGUUUUCAUAUUGCUGCAGAACUGUAUUAUUGUUUUGUGGUUAUAUGUGUGGCCAUUAAAGUAUAUU